CUGCAGAGAGUCUGGGCAGGUUUGAAACUCGCAGACCUAUGCAAGCCGAACGUGGGCAGGCGGCAGCAGCCGGGAGACGUGGAUUAGUGGGUUUAAUGGUCGUGCCUGGCGGGCUAUUUGAGAGCAUCGACCGCCUGUGUUUAAAUAUAUUUUAAUUGCAGAAGAAAGGAUAUGCAGAGAGAGAGAAUGCAAAAAAUGCGGCGGUUUCCAGCUGCCUAGCUCCGGGUAGAUGCGAAGUGGAAGCAACUAACGGGACGGGGAUCCCCAGGCACAAGAAAACGUCUGGAGCACAUAAAGAGUCAUGUCCUGGUGCGAGCGAAGGCUGAGGGAGACCGGCAGGGAUAUGUUGCAAUCCAGCUCUGGGCUCGCAGAAACUUUGUGAGAGGGAGGAGAGUUUUUGCAACUUUUCCCCCCCGGUUUUGCGGAGUGUUGGGGCGGUGGGAGAUGCAGGGGUCGCUCUGAGGAAUUCACCAUGGUCUGGCUGCUCACCGUGGGGUUGUUACUGUCGCUCGCCUGCCGGACGGACUGUUGCCCAGAGCUGCUGACCAACACUUGUGUGUGCAUGCAGGAGAGGAGCAAGGCGCACACUUCCCCCCAGCUCCGGAGGAAGGUGGUUUGUAGCAAGCAGGAGUUACUGGACGUCCCGGACAGCAGCCUGCUCCCCAACAGGACCGUGCAUCUAAUACUGAGCAACAACAAGAUUGCGUUGCUGAAGACGGGCACUUUCUCUGGACUGCGGGCUCUUGAGAAACUGGACCUGAGGAAUAAUCUGAUCAGCACCAUCCAGGCCGGAGCCUUCGCUGGCCUCACCACCCUGAAGCGGCUGGACCUGUCCAAUAAUAGAAUCGGAUGCCUGAACCCUGGAAUGUUUCAGAGUCUUACGAACCUGACCAGACUAAAUCUCUCGGGAAACAUCUUCUCCACACUCAACCCUAACCUCUUGGAUGGUUUGGCUUCACUCAAAGUCAUUGAUUUCAACACGGAGUACCUGGUGUGUGACUGUAACAUGCUGUGGGUCCUGAACUGGGAGAGGAACAGCUCAGUGCGAAUCUCCGAGGAAACGCUGUGUGCUUUUCCCAAAGCACUGAGGGGGAAGCCGUUCAAAGACCUGAAGGAAAGCCAGUUGGUGUGUGAUGGACCACUGGAGCUGCCGUUUCUCCAGCUGAUUCCCGUCCUUCGCCAGGUGGUUUUCCAAGGAGAUCGUCUGCCAUUUAUCUGCACGGCCACCUACUUGGACAACAGCACCAGGGUGUUGUGGUACCACAACGGCAUCCUGGUGCAGCCUGAGGAGGAGAAUGGUGUGAUCGUUAUGGAAAGCCUCGUCCAUGACUGUUCCUUGAUAUCCAGUGAACUGGUCCUCUCAAACAUCUACCUGCUGGCCAGUGGAGAGUGGGAAUGCGUCGUUGCAACGUCGCGUGGGAACGCCUCGCUCAAGGUGGAGAUAGUGGUGAUCGACACUUCUGCCACGUACUGCCAGGCGGAACGGGUCACCAACAACAGAGGGGACUUCAGGUGGCCACGUACUUUAGCUGGAAUCACCGUCUACCAACCGUGCCUGCAGUAUCCGUACCCCUCCCCUGCCUCCCUGGAGAGGAAGACAUCUCGGAAGUGCAAUCGGUCGGGAACGUGGGAAGAGGCUGAUUACUCCGAGUGUCUGUACAUCAACGACUACACCAGAGUGCUCUCCUCCUUCAUCCUGAUGCCCAUCAAUAACACCAACGCCCUCCCUCUUGCUCGCAAGUUGCUUGCCUACACUGUCGAGGCCACCAACUUCCUGGACAUGAUGGACGUGAUUUACGUUGCUCAGAUGAUGGAGAAGUUCAUCAGAUGGACAGACGAGAUCCACGAUCUUGGAGACGUGAUAGUGGAGAUGGCCAGUAACAUGAUGCUGGUGGACGAGCAGGUGCUGAGGUUGGCACAGGAGGAGAGUGGAGCGUGUACACAGAUAGUCUGGGCUGUGGAGCGGAUCGCCAACCUCACCUUGACAUCCAAUUCACAAACCAUCAGCAAGAUUUCCAAGAACAUCGCCGUGGAGGCGUUCCUGGUGAAACCGGCCAGUUACAUGGGCUUGAGUUGCACUGCUUUCCAGCGGACCCUCGUGCUCAGCGGCUUGGAGGGACAGGCCGACGGGGUCCCACAUCCCCUGCAGUUCCGCUGUAGCACCGGCAGCAUCAACAGCUCCCUGAGGCACUUCCCCGUCAAGAACAGCAUCGCUCUGGCCUCUGUCCAGCUGCCCCCGGCCCUCUUUGCUCACUCAGCCUCGCCUCCGACCCACAGGAACUCCAGCUGUUGGCUGCAGUUUGUGGCUUUCCGCAACGGCAAACUAUUCCCCAGCACAGGCAACUCGUCUAACCUCGCCGAUCACGGGAAGCAAAGGAGCCCGUCGACACCCGUCAUCUUCGCUGGUACAGGUGGUUGUGGCGUGGGGGAGCUUGUCGAUCCCUUCCUGGUGUCUCUGCGGCACUGGCAGCUGGGUGAGGACCAGGUGGCAGCGCACUGGAACUUCGACCUCCUGGAUGGCCUUGGCGGCUGGCAGGCAGCAGGAUGCCAGAUCGCCCACACCAGGGGGAACGUCAGCACCCUGUGGUGCCGCCAGUUCAGUAAUGUGGCUGUGCUGAAGAGAAUAAGUAACCAGUCCGUUCCAGUCCAUGAAAGCGUACAGGUUCUUCACCCGAUUAUCUAUGCCUGCACUGUUUUCCUCUUACUCUGCCUCUUCACCGCCAUCAUUGCAUACAUCCUGAGGCACAACACAAUCCGAAUUUCCAGGAAGAGCUGGCACAUGCUGCUUAACCUCUGGUUCCACAUCUCCAUCACCUGUGCUGUGUUCACUGGAGGCAUCAACCGUAAAGAGUACGGUCUGGUCUGCCAAGUGGUUGGAAUUGUCCUACAUUAUUCAUCCCUUUCAACCUUGCUGUGGAUCGGAGUUUCAGCAAGAGUCAUUUACAAAGAAGCAACACAGAAGUUGCAACAUCAACAGGAACUCGAGCUUCCCGCCCCCGCACAGCGCCCAAUGCUCAGGUUCUAUCUCAUCGCUGGAGGCAUUCCUCUGAUUAUAUGUGGGAUUACUGCAGCAGUCAGUCUGCACAAUUACAGCAACAUCAGUCCAUACUGCUGGUUGGCCUGGAAGCCGAGCCUGGGCGCCUUCUAUGUGCCGGCGGGGUUCACGGUGCUCGUCAGCUGGAUCUACUUCCUGGGCGCCGGCCUGCAGCUGGGCUGCCGGCGGCGGAGCGGCGGGUGGCCGGAGCAGCCGGCGCUGGGCAGCGGCCACCAGUCGGACUCGGGGUCGGCCUCGCUCGGCUCCGGGAGCCCGUCGCUGCCCGCGGAGGACGUGCACUCGCUGGAGGCGCAGCUCCGGGCGCUGGUGGCCACGCAGCUGCUGUCCGUGGGCCUGUGGGCCUUCGGGGCGCUGGCGGUGUCGGGCCCGGGCCCGGCCCUGCUCUCCGGCUGCCUGUACGGGGCGGCGGCCGCGGCCCUCGGCCUGCUCGUCCUGCUCCACCACUGCCUGCGGCGCCGCGACCUCUGCGGGCCUCGGCUGCCGUGCGGACGGGGGCCGGGGGAGCGGGCCGGCGGCCUCCCCGCUGCCGCUCCGACCGGCCCCGAGGCCCCGCCGCCCGCCGCCGCCCACUGCAAGCUGACCAACAUCCAGGCGGCGCUGAGCCGGAGCCCGGCGGCCGGCGGCGACAGCGAGCCCGAGGCGCCGCCGGGCCGCAGCGGCCGCGGCCACCGCGCCAGGACUAAGCCGCUGCAGGACGGCAGGCAGCGGGGGCCGAGGGCCGCCGCCUCGGACGCGGCCUCCAGCGAGAAUGGCAGCGCGCACCGGCCCAGCAACGGCAGGCCGGGCGGGAGCCGGUCGGAGGGCAGCGACAGCAGCGGCCCGGCGGCGGGGCCCGGCCUCGGCCUCGGCCUCACCUCCGGCCCCGGGCUGCGGCCCGGCCUCGGCUCCGGCCCCCUGGACAGGGAGGUCAAGCGGAGGUCAUACCCGCUGAACGCGGCCAAUCAGAACGGCGCGCUGCGGGGCAGCGGCUGUGACGUCAGGCCGAUCGGCGCCGAGGGCGGCGGCCUGUGGAAGAGCGAGACCGCGGUGUAGCCUGAGGCCGCGGCCGCCGCCCCCCUCGCCCGCCCGCCCGCCCGCCCGCCCGCCCGCCCGGGGCCGCGGUCAGGCGGCCCACCCUGCCGUCCAACCGUCUCCAGUCGGGCCGGUUGUCCGACUCCGCAGACACCGGGUGAGGGGCCUGCUGACGCCCGGCGAGUGCAGGUGACCAGUGCUGAAUGUAGCGAGUUCCCCUGCUGUUCGCUUUUCCUAGUUUCGGAAGUGAAGAAGGGCCAAGAUAUGGAGGCGGUGCUCUGAAUAUCAGCAGAUACCCUGUGUGUUCACCACAAAUGAACUCCAAUGAAAUACAAAUACACCUCACUAUCAAACAUCAGCAUUUACUGACACAAUUUCAAAUUCUGUUGUGUGGAGGCAUUGGAGAGAAGCAGCAGAAUGGGCAAGUUUGCACUAUCACAACAGCUGACGAACUGUUUCCUGACCCUGCCCCCAUUGAGGAGGGGAAUAGUAAUGAAGACCUUGCCAUCAUCCUCUUCCCGUUGCCCAUCAGUUUCCCAGCUCUUGCAUGGCAUACAGCCUUGUUUAUUUUUACCUUACCAACAAUAUGUUAGUUUCCAAACCAAUAGUGUCAUUGGCCAACGGUCCAGCCUAGCGACCUAUUGACCAACAGCCAAUUGUUGUCCACCAUCCAGUCAUUGACCUUGAGACCUGUUAACAGCAUUCCUCUGUGGACCAGCGGCCAGUCAUUAUCGUUUCCAAAUCUGCACUCUAAGUCAGUAAUGCAACCUUCCUAGCCAGAUAUAUCUCAUGAAUAGAUAAUAAGACAUAUUUCCGGAAUAGAUAAUGAGACUGAAUUCAGUUCUGAUGCUUUCUUUUGUUCUGUGAGUUAUUUUUAUUUCCAGGAUUAUCCAUUAUCCUAAUAAGAGGGGAGCCCCUCUGUGUGUGUAUGUGUGUGAGUGUGUGCGUGUGUGUUUGUUUGAAGCUCUGUUAGCAAUGUACUAAGUGCUUCUACCUAGUAGAGGUCAGGAGGGAGCUGCUGAUGCACUUCACCAAUGAAUGAGUUGCCUGCUGCACUAAUCCAGAGCUUUCAUAAUCGCUAUUAAUUAGUGUGUAUCCUUUGAAAGCUUUGCACAUACAGCAUGUCCUCUUUAUCUGUGUCCAAUUUGCCUUAAAAAGAAAGAUUAUUAUUCUUAUACAAGUGCCAAAGAGAUAUAUAAAUCUUACUGAAACAUAGAUUAAAAAUAGAAUGUGUGUAUUGAUUUAAAAUGAUUAUAAGGCAAUUUUCAUGUUCAAUGCAUUGUACAAAAUUGUCCAUAAUGUUUAACGCUGUGUUGAAAGCCACCAAUACUCUUGGUGCUUCUUGGUUUCAUUUUGGGUUAACUGGAACCAAAGAUUGUGGCAUCAAACCAGCAAGUUUAAAGGGGUUGGCAUUGUUGGGUUUCUGAUCCCCACCCUUCAAUUCCCAUUCCCUAUCAGCUCAAUUUACAUUAAGCAGCAACUGAGGCCAGGAGGGGCAGCUGAGUGAGUGUGUGUUGGUGCCCAUCAGGAAGGAACAACUCACAAUUAGUUUAAGGAUACUUAGGGUGUGAAAGUGGGGGUUAGGGAGAAGAAAUGAUUGAAGUAUCACAGGAAAAGAAUUUUUUUAACACCAUUUUUAAAAAUAUAUUUGCUUAAUAUUUAUGAAGUAUAUUGGAGGUGGAUAAGGAGGAGGUUUGAUUGAGAGUUAAGAUUUGGUCGGUUGGGUAAUGGAAAACCUGCCUGCUCUCCCAAUGGAACCAGAUUGUUCCAGAGGAGUGAGGCUGAUUGGAGAGUUCUUUAAGAGCUAGCCCAGGCAGGACAGGCUGAUUAGACUUUUGUAUUCUGCAAGGCGCAGUGCCGUGAUCUGGGAUACCAGAUUUAAGUUUCUGAACUGCUGAAGGGAUGGGGCUCCUGGCGCACUCCUCAGUCUCCCAACUGUGCGUACUGCUGCUGCCUAACGUGCAUGAAGAAAGAAUCUAUAUCGAUUGGGGAAAAUUAGUGGCGUAUGAUUUUAAAAGUAGGAAGGUGGGUUGUAUGCUGAAAGGAGGGUUGACUGCCUACAUAGCCCCUAUUAACAAACGUGGCUGUAUCUAAAUCUGCCCUUCCCCAGCCGGUUGGAGAUAGGAUUGCAACUGUAUAAUUCAAACGGGAAUUAAAGCCAUUCUUUUGCUUAGUGGUAUGAUGAUAACAUCCUGGGAUUUAAAUGCCCAGCUCUGCUCUAAUAUGCUUUAUUUAAAUCCAUUGUGUUUUUUACCGAGCACUAUCAGUAUUGUCCUUUUCUGAUAUAUUUUAUCCAAAGAGAAAUUUGAGGAGUAAAAUGUUUCAAUACUAAACAACGGAUCGAGCAUUGUUGGUGCGGAUAUAUUAUGCAAUAAUCGAUGUUAUAAGCCAUGUAUUUGUGAUUCUAUUUAUGUUGUGUAUUUGCACGUAUCAUUUCACAUCAGUCAGAGUUUUCACUGCUCCAGUCACAAUGCUGAUAGAUGUCAAUCAUUCUUGUCUAAAGAGCUGCACUGUGCCUUCACAUCCCUCACGGGUAGAAAAUGCAAUGAUUCACUAUCCUGUGGGUGUAAACAGACCUUCCUGUCUUUGUCCUGAAUGACUGACCCCUUAUUUUGACUCCAUCCUAGAAUCCCCAAGCAGGGAAACAUCCUCCCUGCCUCUAUCUAUAAGAAUUUUGUAGGUUUCAAUAUGAUCAUCUGUCAUCUUAACUCAAGGCCCGGUCUUUUGUUUUACCUUUCCUCAUUGGACAAUCUCUUCAGCUCAGGAGUCAAUCCCGUGAGCCUUCACUGCACUCCAGGUUCAGUUGUUGAUUUCUUCUGGACCCAUCCCCGGACCAGCAGAGAAAUUGAUUCUCUCAACCUAUAAGAUCCUUUAAUCUAUCUGAAUGUUAGAUGGAAAACAGGCCAACCGUAAGCCUUCGUUAAACCAUACCAAGGCAUUUAGAGGGCAUACCUUUGGUGUAUUUGGAAAGGCUUUUGUUCUAAACAAAACUUAUCACCUGAAACACUGACCUGCCUUUCCCCUUUUGUGGGCUACAGGUGACGCGGCAUCCAGCACUUAUGGCUCAAUUUGUUUCCUGCAAAACAAAGCAGAGACCCCACUCUGUUUUGCAUUG